CUCGUCAUUGCUUUUCCCGCUCUACCAUCUUCAUUCGCAACAUCGUUCAGGACAAGCUCACUCGUCCUUGCUAAGCCCUGGCUCGACAUCUAUCUGACCUCGUAGUAGAGGGAGAUUUCCGCAUACCCAAUCGAAGCCGCCGAUUACCCGACGCGAACGCUAUCGCUUGCGCAUAGUCACACACGGCCAGCCUAACGUCAUCUCCCACUCACACCAUGGAUGACCGAGAACUCGCCGCGCGCAUCAAGGCGCUCUCCAAGGCUGUCACCAGCGACCCCCCUGCGACGGUCAUCAAACUUUUGGAGGAAUUGAAAAGAGAUGCAAAGCCGACCGAGGAACAGCUUCGCUCGACAAAAGCAGGUGUGACCGUGGGAAAGCUGCGAGCCAAUCCCAACAAGGAUAUUGCCCGUAUUGCCAGUGAGAUCGUCAACAAGUGGAGGAAGCUCGUCGAAGCUGCGAAGGAGGCGAAGAAGAAGAGCCAGGCCGCCGCGGCCUCCGGUGCCAGCUCCCCAGCACCCAUUGCAUCCCCGGCGCCCGCAUCGUCCGUGUACAACAAACCCUACACUGGUGACGUCGAGAAGCGCCAUUUCAAGACAGACAAGGUCGACAUCAACCGGACCUCGAGCCAGACGCGCAACAACACCAUCGGUGUGCUCUACAACGGCCUCGCUUACCGAAGAACUGAGUCGAUUGAGGAAGUCGUCAAGCGUGCCGUCGAAGUCGAGAAUGCCCUCUUCAAAGCUUGCAAGGGCGAGAACCAGGAGUACCGGAGUAAGGGUCGCACCCUCUUUACCAGUCUGAAGCGUAAGGACAACGCUGCGUUGGGACGACGAGUCAUGUCGGGCGAGCUACCGGUCGAACGCCUUGUCGUCUUGUCGGAUAAGGAGUUGGCCUCGGAGGAACAGCGUGCUAGGGAUGAAGAGCUGGAGAAGGAGAACAUGAAGAAGGCCCAGGUACCCAUGGCGGAGAAGUCGAUCAGUGAUGCUCUGAAGUGCGGGAAGUGCGGACAGAGGAAGGUGUCGUACAGCCAGGCGCAAACACGGUCGGCUGAUGAGCCUAUGACGACCUUCUGCGAGUGCACAGUUUGCGGAAACCGCUGGAAGUUCUCCUAAAUGGCGGGGCACAACAAGCUCCUUCAUUACAUUCCUCUUGGCAUGGCUUGGGCCGCGGAGUGUGCGUCUUUUUUUCUGGCUCGAUAUGUUACUUUGAAGGAGAAAUCCGCCUGUUGCACGCUUCGUUGGCUGAUAAUUCAUGACUGGAUCACAUUCACGUUUGGAAGCUCAUUUGGCAGCAAUAUGAGAUUGAGGUGUCUCAAGAAUAUCCCUCCACCUAGAGAGCACAGUGAGAGAGGAGGAGGGGGUGGGGAGGAGCGGAAAUGGAAAACAAAGUUACUCGAAGACGGAAGACUCUGUACCGUCGGGAACUUCUUCAAACAUC